UAGGGUCUAUACUUGACUUUUCUCUUUUUAUCCAUUAUAAAACAGAGGUGCCAAGGUUGAUGAAGUACUACACCAUCACCACUGGCAAGACUAUGGAUUCUCAUAUCCAGUUGAUGAGACAACUUGGAGGAGUCUUCACUGAAGUGAUGUCACCAGAGCAGAGUGAUGUCAUCAUGGCUUUCUGUCCCAUCGUCUCUCGUGCUGGUACUGACAUUGAGGCAGCACUGCAGCAGAUUCCAGAUGGUAAAGUUGUCAUUCUGGUAGUCCUGCAUCACUUUUUUAACCCAGAGUGCACUGUAGCUGACAGCAGCAGACUAGUGACCAGAAGUGAUGUAAUACUCACAGUGGACUGUCUGUUCCAUGAGAGUAAGGGAGGACUACUGAACUGUCCUCGCAACAAAGCAGCAGUUGGUAACAUUCUGAACCGGCUGAACAUGAAGCCAAAGGUGAUAGAUGUUGUCGUGGACAUCCCUGAUCUCAGAAACAGGCCACACACGUUUCUUGGAAGCAUGUCAGGGAUGGUGAGAUUCUUCAUAUUUGUGGUUGGCAAUACCUUGGGUGCUCAUGUGGAUUUGACAAGACAUCUCGUCAUCAGAGGAGGCUGUACUGAAGUGAUGUCACAAGAGGAGAGUGAUGUCAUCAUGGCUUUCUGUCCUAUCGUCUCUCGUGCUGGGACUGAUAUUGAAGCAGCACUGCAGCAGAUUCCUGCUGGUAAACCUGUCAUUCUGGUAGUACUGCAUCACACCUUCAACCCAGACUACACUGUACCUAACAGCAGCAGACUAGUGACCAGAGGUGAUGUAAUACUCACAGUGGACUGUCUCUUCCAUGAGAGCCAGGGACUAUUGGAGUGUCAUCGCAAUGAAGCAGCAGUCAAAGAGAUUCUGAAGAAGCUUAAUAUACAUCCUGAGACUGAUUCUGGAUCUGUCUGUAUGGAUCUGCUCAUGGUAUGA